CUCAGCCAAUAUUCAGCUGACCUAUCUUGCCUCGGUUUCUUGGUGUAGUUAGUUGCCUUUUUACGCGUUAAUGCUCAUAUUGUAAUAUGUUUUUCUGAUGGUUUUAUUGUGCUAUAUUGUGUUAUUUCUGUGUUAACAUUGUUUCAAACUGUGCAUAUAGGUAAAAAACAAAUGGUUCGUAACUCAAGUGUCCCCAAAAUGGAACCAACGUUCUACGAUGAACCAAAUUUUGCACCGCGAGAUUUGAAUACACUCAAACGUACUAUGACUUUGGAUUUAAAUAAUCGAGGGGCCAAAAAACUAAAACUUGUUGAAAAUCAAUCUCCUGCUAUUUUGUCUUCACCUGAUCUGAUAAUGUUGAAACUUGCUUCUCCUGAACUUGAAAAAAUGAUAAUUGAUCAGCAGAAUGGUAUGGUAACAACCACACCCACUCCUACAACCAUAUUUUUUCCCACCAGAAAUGUGACAGAAGAACAAGAAAGUUAUGCCCGAGGAUUUAUGGAUGCCCUCAAUGAAUUGCACAACAGUGAUUCUUCCCAAGGCGGUAACCAGCAGGACACCUCUCGCAGUACUUAUGCAUCCCUUGAUUCCCAGUAUCCUACUAAUUAUGGUUUUGGUAUGUCCCCAGAUAACUCAGUUGUUAUAAAGGAUGAACCUCAAACUGUUCCUAACUUAAACUCUCCUCCUAUGUCUCCAAUUGACAUGGAAAGUCAAGAAAGAAUAAAACUAGAGCGGAAGAGACAAAGGAACCGAGUAGCAGCAUCGAAAUGCCGAAGGAGAAAAUUAGAACGGAUAGCACUUCUAGAAGAAAAGGUUAAAGUACUGAAAGGUGAAAAUGCUGAACUUUCAAUAGUAGUAAACAGACUUAAAGAACAAGUUUAUCAUUUAAAACAACAAGUGAUGGAGCAUGCUAAAAGUGGUUGUCAUAUUUCAGUGACAAUUGCAUCUGCUGUAUAAAAUUGGCUCAAUUACACUGAUUCAGUAGGUAAUAUACAUAUGGAUUAAGUUUUUUUAUAAUUAAUUAGAUUAAUCUAUUACUUAUAAAUUGCGUUUCUGUGUACCUACAUUUCGUGUCAAAACUAUCAAUUUGUAAGCCAUUUAUCAUUAUUGUUCAGUUACCAUUAUACUUGAUUGUUUAAAAAAAGUAUCCUGUUAAUAGCCAGAUUUCUUUUAUUAUAUAUUGAACUGUUUAGUUUCAAUGUAAAUAUGUAUGAUUUUAAAUAAAUUUCCAUCUCAAUUCACUACCUAAGUGAUCAAUUGUGUAGGAAACUAAAAAUUUUAUGGUUAGGUUUAUAAUUGCAUAUGAUCUCUAAGUUAAAUGAUUUAAAUUAUUAUGAUCACUUUAAAUAUUUAAGACAGAAUACACCCAAAGUUGAAUGUUUUUAUUUCUUUUUUUUAUCAGUACAAAAUAUUUUAUAUAUAUAUAUAUGUAUAUGUGUGUGUGUGUGUGUGUAUAUAUAUAUAUAUUUAUAUAUUUGUUAGUAUUUUGAAUCCUUACAUAUACUGUGAGAUAAUUAAAUUAGUCCAUUAAUGUAUAUUUG